AUGCUACUUAAAUUGAUUGGACCCAAGAUCGCAAAAAGUGAUUCGCAUUUUAGAAAAGCUAUACCUGCAAAUGAAAGACUCCUCGUAACUUUAAGAUACUUAGCCAGUGGUGAUUCAUUUCACAGUCUUGCUUACUUGUUUAAAUUUUCGAAACAAGUUAUUUCAAAUAUUAUACCACAAGUUUGUGAAGCUCUCAUUGAAGUAUUGAGUGAAUGUAUAAAGAUGCCCCAGACUCCUGAGAAGUGGUUAAAUGUAUCAAAACGAUUUUUUGAUCAAUGGAACUUUCCAAACUGCUUAGGAUCAAUGGAUGGCAAACAUAUUGUAAUUCAAGCUCCUAUAGAUUCUGGAACCGAGUUCUUUAAUUAUAAGUCCACUUUUAGUAUAGUACUAUUUGCAUUAGUGGAUGCAGACUACAACUUUUUGUUUGCUGAUGUUGGGUGUCAGGGAAGGAUCUCAGAUGGAGGCGUGUUAAAGAAUAGUAUCCUAUAUGAAAAAUUGGAAAACUGUGAACUUGGCAUACCAAAUCCCCAACCAUUACCUGGAAGAAGUAGACCAGUACCCUACGUGUUUGUAGCGGAUGGUGCAUUUGGAUUACACGAUAAUAUAAUGAAACCCUAUCCUGGGGUUCAAGAAAAAGGUUCAGAAAAAAGGGUGUUCAACUAUAGACUUUCCCGAGCUCGACGUGUUGUUGAAAAUGUGUUUGGCAUUUUGUCGGCGAAAUUUAGAGUAUUAAGAAAACCAUUGCUCUUACAGCCUGAUAAAGCCGAGAAAAUAGUUUUAGCAUGUUGCUAUAUGCAUAACUUUUUAAGAAAAAAAUCUACAUCUACUAAUAUAUACACACCAAAUGGAGUAUUUGACCUUGAACAAGGUGGGCAAAUAAUACCAGGAAAUUGGAGAAGAGAAGGCCAGCCAUCAUCUUAA